AUGGUUGGUAUCACUAAACGACAAUCAAACAACACGAAAAAAACAGGAAUUGCUUUGGCCCAAGGCAAGAAGAAGCAGCUUUUUAAAAAAAAAACUGUCAAGCCUAUCACCGAUAAUUUUGAAGUAGAAAGCAUGGAAGUUGGAACUUCCCCAGUAAUUGUAAAGGUAUUUUACUAUUCAUUGCUGAGAUCUUCGUCUUGA